GCACUACCCUGCUAGUGUUUGUGACAGCGUGAAGCUGGGGCCUGCUCUCCAGAGACUUCUGGGUAUAUCAAGGAUCUCUCAAGCUCUAUGUCGCUGGUCUUCCAAAAUCCAAGACAUGGCAGAUGGGGCACAGGUCGACCCCAAAGGGUUCAGGAAGAAGGUGCUGGUUAAACACGCCACUGGACGGAAGAGCCCAAGCCUCAGGACCUCUCCUUCUAAAACCUCCAGGUCCAGCCUGGGUAUGAAGAAAUUCUUCGCCAUCGCAGUCCUGGCCAGCAGUGUUGUAUCCAUGGCCCACUGCAGCCUGUUGAACCUGAAGUCCAUGGUGGAGGCCAUCACACACAGAAACCCCAUCCUGUCCUUUGUGGGCUACGGCUGCUACUGUGGGCUGGGGGGACGCGGCCACCCCAUGGAUGAGUUAGACUGGUGCUGCCACGCCCAUGACUGUUGCUAUCAGAAGCUCUUUGACCAGGGCUGCCGCCCCUAUGUGGACCACUAUGACCACAGGAUCGACAAUGACACUGUGAUUGUCUGCACUGAGCUCAAUGAGACCGAGUGUGACAAGCAGACGUGCGAGUGUGACAAGAACCUGACUCUGUGCCUCAAGGAUCAUCCGUACAGGAAGGAGUACCGAGGCUACCUCAACGUCUACUGCCAUGGCCCCACACCCAACUGUAGCAUCUAUGACCCGUACCCAGAGCAAGUCACCUGUGGGCAUGGCCUCCCAGGAACCCCUGUCUCAACCUAGCCCGACUGAGGUCCAAGAGAAAAGAGGAUGGAGGGUCCAGCUGGGGUCUACAUCUGAUGUGUGGGGCCAGAUAGGGUGCAGGACUGUCCCGUGGCUCCACCCCAGUCCUGUAGUGAGCUCAGUAUGAGAAGACUCUGGAAGGUCAGAGCUUGUCAAUGGCAUCUCUCUGUCAGUAUAACACUAAGCAGCUGGAUCAGGUCUUAACAGAAAACGUAGUCUCCUGGGGUCUCUCCUGGAUAUGGAAGGAAAGGAUGUGGCCCCAGCUCGACUCUAAGAACCUUUAAGACCCUUCAAAGGCCUGAAAUUGCACUCCCAGGCAGGCACAGUGCCAGGUUGAGGCCUGGAUUCUGGGGGCCCCUGGGGGCCCACAAGCUGACAUAAAGAGUCAUCUCUGUUUUGAUAACUUGUGGCUCUCUAGAGUCUCAUUCACAGAGUGGGUGACCCCAUUCAGUCCUCAGCCAACAGGAUGUGUCUGGACCCAAAGCCUGACCUCUGUUACCCAGAGUGCCCCCGGGCAGGCUCCGAGGGCACAGGGACCCCAUGUACAUAGUAGCUGCACAUACAGGGACCGGCAGGAGGUGGUCACAUGUCCACAGUUCUUCCUGACCCUCUGAUUCUUGCACAGAAGUGGUGUGUACCCUCCUGUGCCAUUGUCCCACCCAAAU